AUGUCGGAAUUCGCUGGUCUGCAAAUGAAGAACUACGCAGUGUUCAUCAUGGAGCUCGUCGCAGCGAUGAAGGUCCCAUGCACGCGGGAUCGUGGAUGGGCUGAGGGUCUGAGGGAUCACAUUGAGCGCGCGCGAGCCAUGCACGCACAUUUAACCGUGGAGGGGUUCAAAGUCCCCCUUACACUCAAAAGCCACACCGAAAUCGAGGACGCAUUGGCUGCGUACAAGUCCCUCAUGGCGUCCCUGCCUGCAUCAUCCAUAUCCAAGAAAGAGGGGAAGAAGGUAAUCCGCCCACGACCUGUCGCUCUGCCUGCUCCAAAGAUCGCAACUUCGGGUACCCACAGCAUGAAAAGUACCAAGCCCACGAUCACAUCGCCCAUCCCACGGCCUGCGUUGACCGGGUCCGCUUCCCAACUGAUGCAUCUCUCUUUGAACUGCGAGAUGGGGAGCGCAGGUUCGAUCGAUCGUGGAUCUGUCGCUCUGUCUGCCCUGACCAUCGGUAUGACUCCUGUUGCACCAUCCGCGCAGAGUCGCCACCCGUCUCCACUGCUGAUUGGAUCGAUCGCGGGUGAGGAGCGUCCAGUGAAGUGUCGCACCACCUCUCCGCCAACUGAUCCGAUGAUGAUCGACAACCCGGCGCCGAUCUGCACAGCAUCGGCCAUGCCUCCCCCUCAACUUCAGAUGAGUGCGCCCUCGCGCUCGCAAUCCAUCGCAGCCGACACAAUGGAUGACACGUACUCCCGUCCUGCGCUACAUGUUACUGCCACGCUUCCCAGACACCCGUCUGACCGCUCCAUCAGUCGCCAGACCUCUGCGCGGUCCUUGCACAUCGCACCAUCUCCCAUCGAGCACACCAGAUCGCAGGGAAGUCACAGUAAUCCAAGCAUCCCUGCCAUAUCUCUUGACGACCCACUGCACCAUGCGACUUUCCAUUCGUAUUUUGCAGAUGUUCUCCCGGCAAACUUCCGGUCACUUCAACUGAGCGAGCAGAUCACGACACUUGAGUCCGCGCUUAGGUGUAACUGGCAACGCACACGUGCACUUGAGGAUAGCCAACAUACGAUGUGCUCGCAGCUCGAUGCCAUCAUGGGUGCACUCGGCGGUGACCCCGCUCUCUUCGCCACUCGCUUUGGUGUCCUCGCCACUCGCAUCGACAUGGUUCCUGCCCAUCACCGCGAGGUGACGCAGGGUUUGCUUGAGUUGGAGAAACAUGUCAGGGAUUUGGAGGGGUCGGAUGACGAGUUUCCCUCUGAGGAGGAAGAUGAGGUCGUCCACAGCAUAUCGAUGGGCACGGAAGGGGAUGAACAGAUUGAUUUCGACGGGGAAGAUUAG